AUGCAACAAGUAGAACCGAUGUAUGGCGGAGAGCCGAACCCGGUGGACAGUACCGGCCUGUGCCUGCUGUCCCUCGACGGCGGCGGCGUGCGCGGGCUGUCAACGCUCUACAUCCUCAAGGGCUUGAUGGACCGGCUGAACCUAAAACAGGCCGACGGCUCGCCACCAAAGAAGCCAUGCGAGGUCUUUGACCUGAUCGGAGGCACCAGCACAGGCGGACUGAUUGCAAUCAUGCUGGGUCGACUGGAGAUGGAUGUCGACGAAUGCAUUGCGGCAUACAUCCAACUGAUGAAAAAGAUCUUUCGGAAGCCGGCCAGAUGGAACCUCGCUGCAAGCAUUUUCGGCAACAUCGAGCCCCGGUUCGAUGCCAGCAAGCUUGAAGAAGCGAUCAAUCAAGUCAUCAGCAGCCGUGGGGCAAACCCAACCGAUCUUUUCAAUAAUCAGACGAAGCGUGGCUGUCGGGUAUUUGUCUGCAGCAUUAGCCAGGAAACCAAGGACAUUGUCCGUCUUCGUAGCUACCCGGUACCUGGCAAACCGGACAUUCCUGCUACGAUCUGCCAGACCGCCCGUGCGACCUCAGCUGCCACAACCUUCUUCGAUCCAGUCUCGAUCGGGGCGCGGAGAUUCGCGGACGGUGCGCUGGGAGCCAACAAUCCCGUGGAAGAGGUAGAGCGCGAGGCAUCUGAUAUCUGGUGUCGCGAAACUGGGGACUUGAAGCCGCUGCAUUAUAACAGCAAGCGGUACUUCCGGUUCAACGUUGAACAGGGUCUGCAGGAGGUGGGACUGGCAGAGUAUCAGAAUCAAGGUCUGAUUGAAGCAGCAACACAGGGAUAUCUUGACCAUCAGACAGUAGACUUCCGGGUGCGGGAUUGCAUCGAGAAUCUGGA